AUGUAUAAAACGGGAUUGAUUAGACUGUUGUUUACAGAGUCUAUGAGUAAAAAGGAUGCUCAUAGUAUUGUACAUUAUCACAACUUUGCUAAAUUGUUUAGUUGUCAGCUACAAGUACAAGAUAAACUAUAUGUUCAGUUUGUUUCACAUUCAAGUUUUUGGAAGAAUGAUACUAUCAAUAAUAAUAGAUCAUUAGAAUCAUAUGAUAGUGUAAUUGGACAACACUAUAACAAUACAUUGAAUAGAGUUGAAUCGAUUGAACAGACAUCAAAUAGCAACAACUCUACCGAUGACCCUCAAUCACCAUCAACACUCAUCAAUCAACACUAUCAAAGACUUAAAAGAUUAGAAUCAAUCUAUGACUCUUACUAUAAAGUAUUAUAUAAAUUUAAUCCAAAGUUGAAUGUUACUUUAAUUCCUCCAUCAUUGGCAACCAAUCAAUCAUCCUCUUCAUCUUCCUCUUCAUCUUCUUCAUUGACAUCAAUUAAUCCAAAAGAUGAAAUUGGUAUUGAUGUAUUAUUCAUAGAUCAACAAGAUCAACCAUAUAUUAAACAACAACAACAACAACAACAACAAUUUAUCAAAGUUGAUUCGAUCAAUUAUCCAAUUGAUAAUUAUAAAUAUUCAAUCUAUGAUGACACUGUACAAAUGGAAUCAAGUGAUAGAGAAAGUUGGAAACCUAUAUUUAAAGGAGUUGUACUUGGUGGUACAUUUGAUCGUAUUCAUCCAGGACACAAGAUACUCUUGACAAUGGCAGCACUACUUUGUUCAGAGUAUAUGGAAGUUGGCAUAACAGACAAUUCCAUUCUAAAAUCUAAAAAAUACUCUGAAUUGAUUGCUCCAUUUGAAACAAGAACUCAAAUUACAAAACAAUUCCUUCAAAAUGUUAAUCCAAAUGUUGAAUAUAAUAUGUUAAAAUUGAUUGAACCAUAUGCCAAUACAUGUACAAGUACAAGAUUACAAAAUAUUGUCAUUUCACCUGAAACUUUAAAAACUGCUUUAUAUAUUAAUCAAGUUAGAAGAGAAACUAAUUUAAAACCAUUGGAAAUAUACUCAAUCUCAUAUUUUGAUGGAGUUGAACAAGGUGGAGACGUUAAAUUAAGUUCUACCUAUCUUAGACAUUUAGAUUUUAUUAAAUUACAACAACAGGAAACAAAAGAAUAA